GCAGUUGUGCAAUAUCUUUCCGACGUCCAGCUGUGUGUGUUGUCCAGCUGAAAAAAAAAAAUUGUAAACCUCUACAGUUGCAUAGUUACAACCCUUUAGUUAUAACCCUGCUUAAAAAGUAAACCACGGGGAAUUACAAGAAUCUGAAGAAAAAAGAAAGAUAAAGUUUGAUGUUUAUUUUUUCAUUCCACUUCGGAUUACGUAACUUAACGUACACUUGGUAAGUCGUGCAUGCUUUCUUCACAGCGCGUGAAGUGUAUGCUUAUGUCUGUUUUUGCUCCACACUCACAACUGUCUGUCGACAUGACACAAUUUAAUGGUAAAAAGCAGCAAACUAAGUGCUGUUCUUCGUGGCGGCGACACGUUCAAAAGCAUUUCGUUUUGGUCAUUUAAAUAUUUCCGUUUUAGAGAGCAAAUGUUACAGUCUUUUAGAGGUCACUCAUGGGAAAACUGGGAAUGGGAUCCAGACACUAAAUCUCCUGAUGCUCAGAUGUCUCCAUGCCGACAGGCCGUCUACUUUCACACCGGCCCUCUGCUGGACAGUCAGGGCACUGCAGGGGUCAGAGGGACCAAAGGUUUCACUCAAGGUGAGCAUUACUGGGAGAUCGAAUUCCUUGAGCCUCCAUACGGAAACUCUGUAAUGGUAGGCGUUGGUACCCAAAACGCACUGUUGCACACAGGGGAAAGGUUCAUCGACCUUAUAGGCAUGGACAGUCAGAGUUGGGGUCUAUCAUACAAAGGCUUCAUCUGGCAUAACGGGAGGAGUGAAAAAUACACAGAGCCUUUUUACGAAAGAAAUACAGUCAUUGGUGUUCUACUUGACUUGAGCGCUGGAACACUGACGUUUUACAGAAAUGGAGUGAAUCUCGGGGUGGCCUUCACCAGCCUGGAGCAGGUCAACAAGGCUCUGUUUCCUCUGGUGAGCUCUACUGCCCCUGAAACUGAGCUUCAGCUUGGUUUGCGAACCCAGAGGAUGUCCUCUCUACAGGAACAAUGCAUACAUACCAUCACACAGUGCCUCUUACCUUAUAGACAUGCACAUGAAUUACCAUUGCCCAAAUCCCUGCUCUGUCAAAUACAUACACAUGCACAUACAUAAGCAGGGCUUGACCUGUUACUCAUUUACAAUGCCGUUUACACACCUACAUUCAAUAAUAACCAAAGUCUUCCUGGGGAUUGUGCAGUGCAAGGAAUCUCAGUUGUAGAACAGGGAUUCAGAUCUACCUCAAAAAUUAUUUUAACUCUUUAAGCUCUGAGGGUGUUUUUAAAGAUCUCCUGUUUCAGUGGCAUACCCAAAAUCUAAGGCAUAUAACUGUACAAAAAUAAAUGAACAAGGAGGAUUAAGUGUUUGGCAUCAUUUUAUUGAAAACUUUAUUUUUAAAUGAUAUAGAUUAUAAGAAACUGCUGAAAAAUACACACACAUACGCGCAUUUUUUGUUCUUAUUUUUCUGAUUUGACAUAUCUC